AUGUCUGACACCAAGCCCAUCCGCAUCGUCAUGGCCUGCGACGAGGCCGGCCAGCCGUACAAGGAGAUCCUCAAGGCGGCGCUGGAGAAGAACCCCCUGGUCGAGUCCGUCCAGGACGUCGGCGUCAACUCGACCUCCGACAAGACGGCGUACCCGCACCCGGCCGUGGCGGGCGCCCGGCUCAUCAAGGAGGGCCAGGCGGAUCGGGGCCUGUUCAUCUGCGGCACGGGCCUGGGAGUCGCCAUCUCCGCCAACAAGGUGCCCGGCAUCCGCGCCGUCACGGCCCACGACUCGUUCUCCGUCGAGCGCUCCAUCCUCAGCAACGACGCCCAGGUGCUGUGCUUCGGCCAGCGCGUCAUCGGCAUCGAGCUGGCCAAGAAGCUGGCCAACGAGUGGGUGACCUACCGCUUCGACCCCAAGAGCGCCUCCGCCGCCAAGGUGCAGGCCAUCUCCGACUACGAGAAGGAGUUUGCGACGGCCGUUUAA